AAAAACGUCAUGACGCAAUUAUAACGUUAGACAGCUUUCAGUGAUGAGCUUCGCAGCUUCUUGGUCUUAUCAGUUUAAAAGUUGUUUUUAGGGGGAGGCGAUGGCUGAUAUUCUCAGUUUGCGAUAACGGGUCAGUCUCGGAUAAAGUCAGUCGCUGAAAUAUCGGAAAAAGUCAUCAUUGUAGUAAACCGUGGCAAUGACCUCAUCACGUUCAACUUCCGCCUGAACGUUGGUAAAUCUACCACUUGCUCCCCGCUCGUUUAGCCGAUGGUACGAAGCCUGUGUACUGAGCGUACUGAGCGGCAGUCACUUCCUCAAUUGGCUGCCUUUUACAAAGGAACCUGCGCUCUGUCUUGGGCUCUUCACUACUAAGAGAGUUUGUGGACCUGUCAAAUACCCAACAAGUGCGCCGUGAUAACCAGUCUCUUACGGAGGACUUUACAGCUACUCAGCGCCAGGUGUCGAAUUUAAGAUGUAACUUAUGCCUACGUUGGAACUAUCUCAGCAGAUGCGCAUGGAUGAGAAUGACAAGCAGAGGAACACAGUGUUCGAUAGGCUCAAGCCAAUAACAAAUGAACACUUGAAACCUCUUUCCGUGUAUUCAAUGAUGGUCGCAUGUGAGCAAAAGGCUGGUGUGCAUCAAACAGGAAAGCUUUCACAUCCAUUUGUUAAUUUUAAAAUUGAAGUACUGAACAACUGUCAGAAAAAAAGAACGAUUGAUGACUCCGCUCCUUGUGAUGGCGAUGAGACUCGUGCUAAGAAGAUCUUUUGUCCAAAUGCUUUGUCGCCAGACCUUGGAUGUGUCAUGGACUUUUGCAGCCCCUCUACGAAACAGGAUUCUUUGUCCUCUUCUGCUACCUCGAAGCCUUCAUUUUUAGAUAGAAUGCAAACUGUUAGUAGGGGAAUCAAAGAAAACGUGAGCUCUCAGCAACAGUCACAGAAUGUAGAAUGUGGCUUAUCAAUAGACCCAGGGAAUAUUAAGGGGACUGUGCCACAUUUUUUGAAGUGUGAGGAAGUCCUCUCAGAUACUUCACCUGACUUUGACUGUGAUGUUGAUGACAUCUUGUGCCUCAAUCCCUCAAUCCCUUCCAGUGGAAAAGCAUUGAAAAACAAUCCACUAAAUCCCUCUGUAGCACACAGACAAAAGCUGGAAAGAGGAGAUUGGCAUGUGGAUGAAGAAGAGCAGAACAAAAAGAUGUAUCUGAAUAGUAAAGAUGGAGAAGAGGAUAAGGGUUAUUUCUCUGUGUCUUACAUAAAAGACCUUGAAUUGGGGAAGAACCUCUCUCUGUCAGGAUAUUCUCCGCUCCCCCUUCUAACCUCUAGCCCCCGGGUCAGUACGGGUGAAGUAAAGGCGCGGGAGGAUGAGAGCCAGCCUGAAAGCUCAACUAAGCCAGAUUGUCCAAAACAAGCUGUGCUGUCUGUAAAGGAUGUUUCUUUCACAAACACUGAGUUGUGUCCCAUUGUUAGUGGGCGACAGCUGGAGUCAAACUUUCCUGAAGAGCUUUUCGAAGGUGAUGUUGAAGAGGUGUGGGAUAUAGGUCAACCCAUAUUUGAGUCCUCUGUAUGUCAGAAAAUCUCAGUGAAGUUGGAUGAUGUGGGUCAGCAAGUGUCAGGGAAGCUGAAGGAAGAUGUGAUGGAACCGAUCCGCGAGUGUCAGGCCACACUUGGCAUAGAAGAAACCACAUUGGACACAAGUUAUGAAUCCACGUUGCCCCUAUUGAAGUUAAAAUCGGUUGUGGUUGCUCCAAGUCAGCCCACCUCCACCAACAAACCACCAUCCCGUCCUGAGCCGAAUGCUUACUCUUCUAAGCUGAGCCAAAAUAGGGACAGAGGUUUUCAGUCUGCAGGAUUUCUCAGUAGUGCUAGGAGUCCAAGAUCAGUGAUCUUCAAAACAGAGACAGACCAGGAGCAUGAAAAACGGUUAUAUGUCCAUUCAGUCACAAGACAUAUGCAUGAGAGACCACUCGCAGAUCCAGAUGUAGUGACAGAGUUACAGAACCUGAUGACUCAUUUGGCUGAUCAGAUUCCUGAUACUUAUGGAAGACAGUGGCAGCAUCCCUCAGAUCUCACACAGAGAAACUACAAAAAGCGCUUCGGGAAGAUAACGCCAAACAUGCCCCUUAUCAAAUGGCAGGCAAAGAAUUCUACAACACACAAGCGUUUCAGCAAGAUCCCGAAAAUCUUUGAAAGGAGUCAUUUUCCCUAAAUGAAGACUUUUGGACCGUCUCCUUGAACGGAUAGUACUGAUGAAGCUGCACUCUUAUUGAAACUUGUUUAAACAAGAUUUAAUAUUGUUCUGGUUACAAAUUGUUCUUAUUUUAAUGUUUGCACUUAAGUGGUUGUUUGUUUUUAGUUUGUCCUCUUGUGUUCCUAACUCAAUUUAUUCAUGUGCCUGCAUGUUUAAAUUAUUGCAUGUUUUAAGUGUUUUGACGUUUUGUAAACAUUGCACUCAAGUGUAUAGGCAUCUUGCCUUUCUUUUACUGUAUUUGGAACUGUUUGUUUUUAUUCUGAUUGAAGUUAUCCUGAACUUCUGCUGUCUGCAAUUUUUUAAUUUCUAUAUUGCUCACCUGCACUUACCUGCUGCAUCUUUGUCAGCUUUAUUCCAAGUAUACAAAGUAGCAUCUGAGUGCUGUGAACAGGCAGAGUCUAACGGGAGUGGCCCUAAGGAGUCCAAGUACAGGGAAACGGUGGAGAAACUCAAUAACAUGGGUCCCAUCUAUUGAAUAAUGCAAACUGUUUAAGUAAUCUUGUCUGUACACACAGUGGGUAAACCUGGCCAGCCAUCCAGAAGGAAGUUAUGUGGGUGUUUGUGAAGGCCUUAUGUCACAUGCUGAGCAGACUGUCGGGCACAUGUCUGGCAGAGAACCAUGGCACAUCUUUUCACCUUCAAACAAUGCUUAGCCCUUCUGCAGUGUAAAUCAGGAUCAGAGAGGAUGUCUUUUGUUUGUUUAACCAUCCAACACAAAAUACUUCGAAGACCAUAAUUUUCCUGGGCCAAUGAUUGCUCUUGUAUUGCUGUUAAGUAAAAAAAAAGAUAGCCAGUUGUGGGACUCAAUGCCCAUAUUGCUGAAUUGACUCUAAGUGUUGUAGCCUGAAGCCUAGUUGCUAGGUUUAUUUUCAGGAACUCGUUUUUUCUCUCUCCAUUUUUACAGUUGAAUCCUGUUAAAGUUUGAGGCACAUGUAUUAUUCACUGUAGAGAGAGCCUGUUGUCCUGGAUUUUGUUCAGUUGCCUUUUCUGAAAGGUUUAGACAAUCUCAUACAUUUCAAAUGUCAUUACUUGAUAUAUCCCCAAUAAGAUCAAACACAGUUUGUUGUGGAAAAUAUGUAAUAUUUUUAUUUUAUUUUAGCAUACACAAGUAAGCAUACACCAUAUCCUUCAUUAUUGAAGUUGUGUAACCUUGUGCAUAAUAGAUAAACCAUGCUAGCCCUCAUAAAGCAAUGACUGCAGUACACUCCAUACAAGGAAUAUAAACAUGAUAGCACUAUUAAAGCAGUUGAGUUUCUAAACCA